AUGUUAAUGUCAAUUUCAGGAACAGAAACAACCUUAUGGUUUUGUGUCGUUGUUUUGUUGAGGCUAGCUUCUCAAUUUCCUAAACGGAUAAGAAUACUGGAAGGAAAUUUGGGGGAUGCACUAACUUCAAGGUAUGUUCUUCACUCUUUAAUCCAGUAUAAAGUUUUGUUAUGGGAAUCGGGGCAAAUCCGUCAUAAAAGUGUUCAAGAUCCUUUCAGGUAUUGUAAGAUCUUCAUAUGGUUGGACCUACCUUUGCCUAGUGAAGAUUACAAAAGCCUGAUGUACCAAAUGCAUUUAGCUCUGGUUGGUAUGGCUGAUGGCAAUGCUCAGUUGGAACAGGUGAAUGUUGAUCAUAAUAGGAGGUUGAUGUUGAUGAUGAAGCUUCUGUUCAUCAUGGUCAUGCUAUUUGCAGUAAUGUUAGUAACAGGGAUUUUAUUGCUGGUGAAAGUGUAG